CGGAGCAGGAGGAGGCGGUGAUGGAGCAGUAACCCAUGAUUUAACCGCCGACGAAGAAGAAGAAUGCGGAAGUAACCGAGUCCACAAUUUAUACAAACAAACACUAAACUCUGAAUACUCUUUAUCUUCUCGAAAGUGUGUUCGAGUCCUGCAACUGCACCGUUUCUCUCAUAUGCACAGCUGAAGGUAGAUGUGUCCACAGCCUUUGAUCAGUGUGUGUGUGUGUGUGUGCAGGUGUGUGUGUGUGUGUGUGUGUAUAUGUGUGUGUGAGGAUAUGUGCAGGUGUGAUGGAGGCCAGUGUGUGUUUGGCUCCAGAGGAGGAUUCUCUGAUUGAAGGAGUCAGUGACCCUGUGCUUCUGGUGCUGGUGCUCAGCGUUAGCUUUCUGCUCGGUCUGGCCACGCUGCUCUGCAGGAACGAGCAGCAGAGGAUUCAUCCGGACAAUCAGGAGCAGGUGCGUGUGGUCCGAGAGCAGCUCCACCCAGAGCAGCUGGUGGCGGCGGAGCCCAGGCAUCAGUUCUACUCGGACAUGUCGUGUCCCGUGUGUCUGCAGCAGGCCAUUCUGCCCGUAGAGACUAACUGCGGUCAUCUGUUCUGCGGGCCCUGUAUCAUGGCGUACUGGCGUUACGGGACGUGGCUCGGAGCCAUCAGCUGCCCCAUCUGCAGACAGACGGUGACCCUGCUGUUCCCGCUCUUCCGUGACACGGGGGGGGCUCAGACGCAGGACGGACAGGUGGACCCCACGCUGAUCCUCAGAGACAUCCACGACUACAACCUGCGCUUCUCCGGACAGCCUCGCUCCCUGCUGGACCGUCUGCUGGACGUCCCCACGCUGCUGCGCCACGCCUUCAGAGAGAUGUUCUCCGUCGGGGGUCUCUUCUGGAUGUUCCGGAUCCGGAUCCUGCUGUGUGUGCUGGGCGCUCUGACCUACCUGGCCUCACCGCUGGACUUCAUCCCCGAGGGCGUGGUGGGGCUGCUGGGCUUCAUGGACGACUUCUUCGUCAUCCUGCUGCUCUUCAUCUACAUCUCCAUCAUGUACCGCGAGGUGGUGACGCAGCGGCUGGCCACCUGAGCGUCUGAUCUCUGCUUCAGAAGAACCUCACGGUGUUCUGUGCUCAGAACCAAAGCUUGAGAUGAUAAUCCAGAAAAACCUGCUGAGAGACUCCUCUGUGUAUUACAGAUGUGUUUAAUGUGAUAGAGCUGGAAUAUUACACACAGACUCGUGCUGCAGCUGAAUGUGUGUACCACACACACACACACACACACACACACUAAGAAACACACUAUCUCUCACACACACACACACACACUAACACACAAUCACACACACACACCAGUGUCUUCAGUCUGUUGUUUUGUCUUGACGAAGCUCAGAUUGUGUCUAUCAAACAGAGCUGAUUUCUGCAUUAAAGAAAGAGAUUGUAGAAAAUGAAA